GUUAAUGAAUGUAAACAGAUGAUCAUCCGUUUAUAUCCACUAGUCCAUAGAAAUACAUGGGACAUACGGAACGUCCGUGUGAAAGGGGCCUUAUUCACAUAGAUCUAGGUUCAAAUGGACUGUUUGUUUACAACAAGUCAUUCAGCCAAGUAACUGGCCCAUGUAGAAGGAGCCACUGAGUUUUGGAUAUUACACCUAAUAAGGUCUAAAUUAGCCUCCAGAAGUGUUGUGGGCAUCAGUGGUGGACUGACAACUCAUGGGGCCCCCAGGCAAUAGGGGAUCAUGGGGCCCCUGUGUCCUCGCCCACACUCAAACCACACUCAAAAAAGCCUAUGAAAGGUACACCAGGGGCAUCUCAUGGGGCCCCCUACUGACCCAGGGCCCUUGGGCAGUUCCCGAGUGCCCGAAUGGUCACUCCACCCCUGGUUGGCAUUACAUUUCUAAUUCA